UUGAAAUGGAGAAUUCGGGUUCUUAUAUUAGCAUUACUCUUGAAGAAGUGAACUUCCAUAAUUAGCUGAUUACUUUAUUUCAUUGUAAUAUGGGUGGAAACUCUUUAACACUACUUUCCCAUAACAGACUCAGUCUCCACGACCUACUUUGCUUCACUGCUUUUAUGAAUUUUUUUAUUGUUGCCAUAAAUACACAAGCAGUAAUUGAAGAUCACUCAGAUACCCAAGGCAAAUCGUUAUCUCGACAGAAAAGAUACCUGACAUUCUCCGAAGGUAGUAACUUACAGCUUGUUUAUUGUUUGACAAUUGGGGCUUAUGGCAGACCAGGUGACUUGGUUUUGGGAAUGACAGCAGCCCUGGCAUAUGAAUUGCCAACCAAAGUGGAUCAAAAAUUAAAAAAGUUACUUCAUCGAAAAAGCAGAAGCGUCCUUUUUCCAAAAAUUGAGUCUUUCCUGCAGUCCACAGGUCUCGAUGGGAAAUCUUGCGUAAUGAGGGCCCUUUGUGAGGCCGGGCAAAGGAGCGAAUCGGAAAUUGGACAAGGCACUUUCGUUCAAGAACUUCUGCACGCCAUUUUCACAUUACCGAAUGACGGUACGAGUUUCGAAUCGAUCGAACACAGAAUCUACGACUAUGCAUAUCAAAGGAAUGAAGACUGCACAAAAUUGUAUCCAACCUGUAAACAUUCCAUUUACGAAGUCGUUAUUUGA